AUGGACGAGAUUGCCAAGGAGUACGAUGUCAUUGUGCUGGGCACAGGACUGACCGAAUGCAUUCUUUCUGGUGUUCUGAGUGUCAAGGGCAAGAAGGUCCUGCAUAUUGACCGCAACGACCACUACGGCGGUGAGGCAGCAUCUCUGAACAUUCAGGCGCUGUACCAAAAAUACGGCAACUUUGCUGCAGGCGAGGAGCCCUGGGUCAACUAUGGCCGGGUCAACGACUGGAACAUCGAUCUGGUGCCCAAGUUCCUCAUCUCGUCGGGCGAGCUGACCAACAUCCUCGUCUCCACCGACGUCACGCGCUACCUUGAGUUCCGCCAGAUUGCCGGCAGCUUCGUGCAGCAGGGCAAUGGCCCUCGUGCCACGGUCGCCAAGGUGCCGGCUGACGCGGCCGAGGCGCUGAAGUCGCCGCUGAUGGGCAUCUUUGAGAAGCGCCGCAUGAAGAGCUUCAUCGAGUGGAUCGGCUCCUUUGACAUCAAGGACCCGGAAUCGCACAAGGGCUUCGACAUGGCCACGUGCACGAUGAAGGACAUCUACGACAAGUUCGGCCUCGAGCCGGCCACCAAGGACUUCAUCGGCCACGCCAUGGCGCUCUACCUCAACGACGCCUACGUCGACGCUCCCGGCAGCGCGCCCGAGGCGAUCGAGCGCAUCCGCCUCUAUGGCAACAGUGUCGCUCGCUACGGCAAGUCGCCCUACAUCUACCCGCUGUACGGCCUGGGCGAGCUGCCCCAGGGCUUUGCCCGUCUGUCCGCCAUCUACGGCGGCACCUACAUGCUGAACACGGACGUCGAUGAGCUGCUGCACGGCUCCGAUGGCAAGAUCUCAGGCAUCAAGGCCACCAUGAUCAACGGGGACGAGAAGGUCAAAUUUGAGACCAAGGCCAAGCUGGUCAUUGGCGACCCGUCGUACUUCCCCGACAAGGUCAAGGUUGUCGGCCACGUGCUGCGGGCCAUCUGCGUGCUCAAGCACCCGCUGUCCAGCACCAACGAUGCCGACUCGUGCCAGCUGAUCAUUCCACAGAGCCAGGUUGGCCGGAAAAACGACAUCUACGUGGCCUGCGUGUCAUCUGCCCACAACGUGUGCCCCAAGGGCUACUGGAUCGCCAUCGUGUCGACCAUUGCCGAGACGACGGCCAACCACCACCUGGAGCUGCAGCCGGGCAUCGAGCGUCUCGGCAAGAUCGAGGAGCAGUUCAUGGGACCGCCCAUCCCGCUGUACGAGCCGAACGAGGACGGCACCAAGGACAGCAUCUUCAUCUCCAAGAGCUACGACGCCACGUCCCACUUCGAGACUACUACCGACGACGUCAAGGACAUCUACCGCCGGGUCAUGGGCGAGGAGCUGGUUGUGGAGGGCCUGCGGGAGGGCAUCCAGGUGUCGGAGGAAUAG